AUGGCGCCCUCUCCAGCGCCGCAGUCCACUCCGGACACCACCAACCCACGGCCUCCCGCCACCCCGUCCAUGCUCAAGGGCGCAUCCCUCCUCAUCAUCCUGCAGCUCGCCUCGCGCCUCGUCACCUUUGUCGCCAACCAGCUCCUGCUGCGCUUCCUCACCGCGCCGCUGCUGGGCCUGUCGACACAGCUUGAGGUGUACUACCUGUCGGUGCUGUUCUUUGCGCGCGAGAGCCUGCGCGUGGCGAUCCAGCGACAGGGCGCGGGGGGGGAGGACAAGGAUGGCGAUGAUGGCGCUGCGGCGGCGCGCAAGGAGAGCCAGGCUGUCGUCAACCUGGGAUAUCUCGCCAUUGCCCUCGGGAGCGUCGUCAGUUUAGGCCUCGGCUGGAUGUACCUCACCUACGCCACCGAGACAACUCUCACCACGCCCUAUCUCGUGCACUCGCUGUACCUCUACGGCCUCGCCGCCAUGGUGGAGCUGCUCUCGGAACCCUGCUUCGUGCUCAUGACGAUGCGCCUGCAGUUCGGCACCCGCGCCGCCGCCGAGUCCAUCGCCACGUUCCUCCGCUGCCUCGUCGUCUUUGGCUCCGCCGUGUGGGCGUCCAAGCAGCAGCUAGACCUCGGUGUGCUGCCCUUUGCGCUCGGCCAGAUGACGUACGGCGGCGCGCUGCUCGUCGUCUACCUCGUUUCUGGAUACCGCCUGGCCUCGUCCAUGGGCUUCUCCAUCUUCCCCAAGCCCGUUGCAGCGACAGCGGACGUGCGCUUCUGGGGAGCGUACUUUGACCGACCGACUAUGAGUCUGGCGGGAAGCAUGAUGGCCCAGAGCGUGGUGAAGCACCUCCUGACGCAGGGCGACACCUUUCUCGUCUCCCUCCUCGCCAGCGCCGAAGUCCAGGGCGCGUACGCCUUGGCCAACAACUACGGUGGACUUUUGGCCCGUCUGCUCUUCCAGCCCGUCGAGGAGAGCAGUCGAAGCUACUUCUCGCGACUUCUGUCGUCGCCCGAAGCACGCGCGCCCAUUCCAGCAGGCGACAAAUCACCUGCAAAGCCUUCACCGGCCGUGACCGAGGCCAAGACCAACCUCCACAUACUCCUCCGGCUAUAUAUCCUCCUUUCCACCGUUGUCGUCAGCAUUGGCCCCUUUGUCGCCCCUCAUCUGCUUGCGAUUGUGGCCGGAAAGCGCUGGAUUGACUCUGGCGCGGGUGACGUCCUAAAAGCGUACUGCUUCUACAUCCCCUUCCUCGCUCUCAACGGCCUGACCGAGUCAUUCGUGGCAUCAGUCGCUACAGAAGCAGAGGUUCACAAGCAAUCGGGCUGGAUGACGGCCUUUUCCGCCGUCUUUGCUACGUCGGCGUUUGUCUUUAUGAGCAUCUUCCCGCUAGGCGCCAUCGGACUGGUAGUUGCCAACAUGAUCAACAUGUUCUGCCGAAUCGUGUGGAGCGGCGUCUUCAUCAACCGAUUCUUCACCCGUCAUGGAGCCGACUUUGGCUUCUUGCCGUUCUUGGCCAACGGUACUACGGGUGCGGUGGCUUCGCUGGCCGCCGUGCUUCUUCACCAGCUCAAGUCUCCAGACACAAACGACGGACCGAUCAAAUCUCUCAUCAAAGUUGCCGCAACGACAAUUCCUGUGUUGCUUCUUAUGUACGUAUUACAAACCCGAAAACAGAAUCCCGCAGCUCUAACCGCUUCGUAA